CUUACAAAUGCAUGUAGAAAUUACUGUACUUACAGUGUUUCUAACAUCUUUUCGUGAAAGGAGAAAACUUCAUAACCUCAACCAUGAAGAAAACCAGAAAGGGAAAGGGUAAGACGUGUCUCCUGACGAAGCCUCUGUUUCUCUGCUCCCAGACCGUGCAGGGCAUGGAGCUGGAGAACUAUGAACAGCCGGUGAUUCUGAGAGAGGACAACCUCCGCAGGCGUCGCAGAAUGAAGCCACGCAGUGAGGCGGCCAGCUUGUCCUCCAUGGAGCUCAUCCCCAUAGAGUUCGUGAUGCCCACCAGUCAGCGCGACAGCAAGAUUCCCGAAACCGCGCUGCUGCAUGUGGCGGGCCACGGCAACGUGGAGCAGAUGAAAGCCCAGGUGUGGCUGCGUGCCAUGGAGACGAGUGUGGCCGCGGACUUCUACCACAGGCUGGGUCCCGACCACUUCAUCUUGCUCUACCAGAAGAAGGGGCAGUGGUAUGAGAUCUAUGACAAGUACCAGGUGGUGCAGACCCUGGAUUGCCUGCGGUACUGGAAGAUGCUGAAUAAGAGCCCAGGUCAGAUCCACGUAGUGCCGCGACAUGCGCCCUCCGAGGAGACGCUGGCCUUCCAGCAGCAGCUCACUGCCCUCAUCGGCUACGACGUCACCGACGUCAGCAACGUGCAUGACGACGAACUGGAGUUCACACGCCGCCGCCUGGUCACACCUCGCAUGGCAGAGGUGGCAAGUCGCGAUGCCAGGCUCUACGCCAUGCACCCCUGGGUGACAUCCAAGCCCCUCCCAGAGUAUCUGUCAAAGAAGAUUGCCAACAACUGCAUCUUCAUUGUCAUCCAUCGCAGCACCACCAGUCAGACCAUCAAGGUAUCAGCCAAUGACACCCCCGGGGCCAUCCUCCAGAGCUUCUUCACCAAGAUGGCCAAAAAGAAGUCACUGAUGGAUAUCCCCGAAAGUCAAAACGAACAGGAUUUCGUGCUGCGUGUCUGUGGCCGGGAUGAGUACCUGGUUGGUGAAACGCCCAUCAAAAAUUUCCAAUGGGUGAGGCACUGCCUUAAGAAUGGAGAAGAGAUUCACCUAGUGCUUGACACACCUCCAGACCCAGCUCUGGACGAGGUGAGGAAAGAAGAGUGGCCACUGGUAGAUGACUGCACAGGAGUCACUGGCUACCAUGAGCAGCUGACGAUCCACGGCAAGGACCAUGAGAGUGUGUUUACUGUAUCCUUGUGGGACUGUGACAGGAAGUUCAGGGUCAAGAUCAGAGGCAUCGAUAUCCCUGUCCUACCCCGCAAUGCAGACCUCACUGUUUUCGUGGAAGCAAAUAUCCAGCAUGGGCAGCAAGUCCUUUGUCAAAGGAGAACCAGCCCCAAACCCUUCACAGAGGAGGUGCUCUGGAAUGUAUGGCUUGAGUUCAGUAUCAAAAUCAAAGACUUGCCCAAAGGGGCUCUACUGAACCUCCAGAUCUUCUGUGGCAAAACUCCAGCGCUGUCCGGCAAGGCCUCUGCAGAGACUCCCAGUUCUGAGUCCAAGGGCAAAGUUCAGCUUCUUUACUAUGUGAAUCUGCUGCUUAUAGAUCACAGGUUCCUCCUGCGCCAUGGAGAAUAUGUGCUCCACAUGUGGCAGAUAUCUGGGAAGGGAGAAGACCAAGAGAGCUUUAAUGCUGACAAGCUGACAUCUGCAACCAACCCAGACAAAGAGAACUCAAUGUCCAUCUCCAUUCUUCUGGACAAUUACUGUCACCCAAUAGCCCUGCCUAAGCAUCGGCCCAGUCCUGACCCCGAAGGCGACCGAGUUCGAGCUGAAAUGCCCAACCAGCUUCGAAAGCAACUAGAGGCGAUCAUAGCCACUGAUCCACUUAAUCCCCUCACAGCGGAGGACAAAGAAUUGCUCUGGCAUUUUAGAUAUGAAAGCCUGAAGCAUCCCAAAGCAUAUCCUAAGCUAUUUAGCUCAGUGAAAUGGGGACAGCAAGAAAUUGUGGCCAAAACAUACCAACUGUUAGCCAGAAGGGAGGUCUGGGAUCAAAGUGCUUUGGAUGUUGGUCUAACAAUGCAACUUCUGGACUGCAACUUUUCAGAUGAAAACGUUAGAGCCAUUGCAGUUCAGAAACUGGAGAGCUUGGAGGACGAUGAUGUUUUGCAUUACCUUCUACAGCUGGUACAGGCUGUAAAAUUUGAACCAUACCAUGACAGUGCCCUGGCAAGAUUUCUGCUGAAGCGUGGUUUAAGGAACAAAAGAAUUGGUCACUUCUUGUUUUGGUUCUUGAGAAGCGAGAUAGCUCAGUCCAGGCACUAUCAGCAGAGAUUCGCCGUGAUCCUGGAAGCCUAUCUGAGGGGCUGUGGUACAGCCAUGCUACAGGACUUUGCCCAGCAGGUCCAAGUCAUCGAGAUGUUACAAAAAGUCACCAUUGAUAUUAAAUCACUUUCUGCUGAAAAGUAUGACGUCAGUUCCCAAGUUAUUUCACAACUGAAGCAAAAGCUUGAAACCCUGCAGAAUGCUAAUCUCCCAAAAAGCUUUAGAGUUCCGUAUGAUCCUGGUCUGAAAGCAGGAACCCUGGUGAUUGAAAAAUGUAAAGUAAUGGCCUCCAAGAAAAAGCCCCUGUGGCUUGAGUUUAAAUGUGCCGAUCCUACAGCCCUCUCCAAUGAAACAAUCGGAAUCAUCUUCAAACAUGGCGAUGAUCUCCGCCAAGACAUGCUUAUUUUACAGAUUCUACGAAUCAUGGAGUCCAUUUGGGAGACUGAAUCUUUGGAUUUGUGCCUCCUGCCAUAUGGUUGCAUUUCAACUGGGGACAAAAUAGGAAUGAUCGAGAUCGUGAAAGAUGCCACAACAAUUGCCAAAAUCCAGCAAAGCACAGUGGGCAACACAGGUGCAUUCAAAGACGAAGUCCUGAAUCACUGGCUCAAAGAAAAAUGCCCCCUUGAAGAAAAGUUUCAGGCAGCAGUGGAGAGAUUUGUUUAUUCCUGUGCAGGCUACUGUGUGGCAACCUUUGUUCUUGGAAUAGGCGACAGACACAACGACAAUAUUAUGAUUUCAGAGACAGGAAACUUAUUUCAUAUUGACUUUGGGCACAUUCUUGGGAAUUACAAAAGUUUCCUGGGCAUUAAUAAAGAGAGAGUGCCGUUUGUGCUAACCCCAGACUUCUUGUUUGUGAUGGGAACUUCUGGAAAGAAAACAAGUCCACACUUCCAGAAAUUUCAGGAUGUCUGUGUCAAGGCCUACCUAGCCCUUCGCCAUCACACAAACCUGCUGAUCAUCCUGUUCUCCAUGAUGUUGAUGACAGGAAUGCCCCAGUUAACCAGCAAAGAAGAUAUCGAGUACAUCCGGGAUGCCCUGACAGUGGGGAGAAACAAGGAGGAGGCCAAAAAGUACUUUCUGGAUCAGAUCGAAGUCUGCAGAGACAAAGGAUGGACUGUGCAGUUUAACUGGUUUCUGCACCUUGUUCUUGGCAUCAAACAAGGAGAGAAACACUCAGCCUAAUAUUCUGAGCUGGAAAGAAAAACAACUUCGUGUCCUAAAGCUUUUUAAUCAGCAGGUCAUCGUCAUCAAACUUGUAUUUAAAAUGCAACAGGACAUUGUGAAAGCUGGCACUUCAGAACAGAGCUCCUUCCCCAGCUGAACUCCUCACUGCAGAAAAAAAGGUUGGCAUGGCUGACUGCUGACGUCAUGUUCAGCGCUCAGCUUUAUUUGCAGGUUUGUUUCUUCUCGUUUGUCUCAGUGAUGCUGGAGGAUGUUUCAAAUUGAGACAGACUGAUGACAUCCUUAUCGGGCCUGAUAUUUUGACUAUCUUAGUGAGUGCUUCUGGAAAUUCUUUAGAAUAGUUGGUUAAAACAGUAAACCUGUUUUCAUCUGAGUUUACUCUGCAUGUGGGUUCUCCUCCUGUGCUUUAAGCUCCCCGAGAAAAGGAAGCAACUGUUGUAACCUUUGUCUUAUUCUUCAAACGAUGCUUCCAAACCUCCCCUCAGUGUUGGCAGAUGUCAGUGGUGUGCUAAAAGCAAGGAAAGCAUGUUAGUCUUUUCAGUGUCUUUUGCAUUUAGAUUCUUUUACAGUGUGCAGCUGAGAUGCACAAAGAGGGUAUCCUGAACCUUGGGCCCUGGCCCUCCUCUGCUGGUCUGCCUCCAGGGUCUGGAUACCAAAAACAGAGACGAGACCUUUUUUGAUCCAGUACAAUUAGAGUGGCCUCCAGCACAGCAACAGGAAGUCGCCAUCAUGGCUCUGCUGGCCUGCACCUGCUCAGUUCCUCCCUCCCUUCUUCGCUCACUGCCUCCUUCAAUUGCCACCCUUCCACAACCCUUUGUGGACCUGUGAAAACGUCAAAGACAUCUUUACCUUAGAACUCAAAACUCAGCUGAAAAAGAAUUUGUGUUCUAGGAUUACUAGAAUUAUAAGUACUAGUUUAUGAAGAUAUUUAGUGGAUAUUUUAAAAAGUAUUAUUAAGGGAGGCAUUCUAGAAAAUAUGAUUUAGUUUCCAAAUGCCUUAUUUUAAAUUUUUGGUCUCAAUAGUUUUUUUUUUAAUUUUUUAAUGGAGAAAGAUAUUUGUUAUUUAAAGAGUUUGGAAGAACACUACUUGUCCUACCCAUUUCUCAGUUUCAAAGACUUUUAGGCUUUGACACAUCCUAUAUUUCCUAAAAACAAGUAAAAUACCUUCCUUAAAAAAAUUUCAUCUCCUAAAUGUCUUGCCAUGAUUAACCUUAGAGAUCAUUAAAUUAUUUAUAUAUCUUUAAUUACCUGUAGUUAAUAAAUUACAUAGAAGUAAUUAUGUUGAUGGUGUCUACAUUUAAGUAUAAUCAGAUGUAAAUAUAUUUCUAUUUUUUUAAUGUUCAAAGUAGAUACCUUAUGGACUUUGAUAUGUGAAAAAGUCAAGGGAUGCUCAACCCUGCCUGCAAAUAAGAAUCACCAGGGACACUUUAAAAAAUACCCUUGCUUGCUGGGCACAGUGGUGCACAUCUUUAAUCCCAGCUUUGGGAGGCUGAGGCGGGAGGACCACAAGUUCAAAGUCAGCCUCAGCAACUUAGCAAGGUCCUAAGCAACUCAGCAAGAUAAAUAAAAAAUAAAAGAUUGGAGAUGAGGCUCAGUGGUUAAGUGCCCUGGGUUCAGUUCUAAGUACCAAAAACAAAACAAACAAACAAAAACCCUUGCCUGUGCUCCACUCUCAGGUUAAAAUUUAAUCAGCAUCAGAUGAGACCCAGACAUCAGUAUCUUUUUAAGUACUCCAAGAUGAAUCUAAUACUCAGCUAGGGUAAGAAGCCCUGCAUGGUCUUUGAGGGUCUGGGUAGCUCAUUGUCCACUGAGCAUUUUCCUUGUUCCUAGGUAUCUACAAAGAAGUCUUCUUCUUUGGCAACUCAUCCUUUGUGUAUAUGUGGUGGUGGUAGCGGGGAGGGGUUUACCCAGGGGUACUCCACCACUAGCUGCAUACAGCUCCAUUUUCAAAAAAAAAAAAAAAAAAUUCUUUUACUUUGAGACAAGGUCUCACUAAGUUUCCAGCUCUGCCUGGAUUGAUCCUCCUGCCUCAGCCUCCGCAGUCGCCGGUCCUACAGGUAUGUGCUACCACACCCAGUGCAACUCAUUCUUUCAAAAUCACACUCUGUCCCCCUGUACAAAGGACCAUGUCCUGUACUGAAUUUCAUUUCUCUUUAUAAAUGGAGGUUAGACAUCUCAUGGCAUCUCUAGACCACAAUCCCCUACCAUUCUCUUGAAGAAGAACUGGAAGAAAGAUGCUUCCUAAUUUAGAACAGACAGCUUUGUGUUUCUAAUGAACAGCCAUGCCCAGUCCUUGUACAAAUCCUGCUUUUCAUUUGAAUUGCUGAAAUAAUCACCUUGAUGAUAAAGGAGAGAAGAAUGGAUUUAUAUUUAGCUUAUUGGCACAUAUGCAUACAUACUUGCUCUUCAAAUGAACCAGUUAUUUCGUGAAGCUGAUAUAUACGCAUGUGUGUGCUUGCGUGCGCACGUGUAUAUACAUUGAGUUUUAUUCUUCCAUAUUCCAACGAGAUCUUAAUUCAACUCUAUGGACUUGCAGAUAAACAAAAAUCAAAAAUCAUCUUCGUAUGUUUCCUUCCCUUACUGUUUCCAGUGAAUACAUGACUAAGAAUUUCUACACUUUUGAAAAGUUUCUAGAACUAGGGUCAUCCUGCCACUGGGGAACUACCCACAGCUCUAUCUUUAGUGCCAAAUGAAAACACAGAUCACAAGCAAAAUGAAUCAGGACAAAGCAACUUUUAUGUGUGUCUCAGACUGGCAACAUUAUUUGCAAAGCCCAGUGUAAAUGAAAACAUGGGAGCCGUUGUUAAAAAUGAUUAAGAAACUUGAGAUGGCAACAGCAGCACAUUAAACCAAGUUCAGUGCCCUUCUGAGUGUGAGGCACUGGGUAUCUAGGUCACACAUAACGGAAAAACGCCUUUGGUGUAUAUCUGAAGAAUGGCUCUGGUGCCCAGUUUUGCACACGUAGGCCGUGUCUGCAUGAGUGCAGAAAAAGUGCCCCGAUCAGAAUGUUGCUUCUGUUGAAACUGAAAUACCUCAUCUUUAUUGCUGUACACUAGGACCUAAAACUUUGCUCUUGGAGUGGAACUGUGGUCACUGAAAGUAAAGCAAAGCAAAGUAGAUGUUUUAGACGUAGCCCCAUAGAACUGCAUUUGACUAACUUUAGUUAUGCUUUGGAGAAAGUAGGAGGACAAGGUUAUAGAUAACUAGAAAAUACUCUUGACUUCCAAAAAAUUGAUUAUAGUAAUUAUAUGAUAUCUACAUAAUUAUUUUUUAAUGGGGGGGGGUACUGGAAAUUUAACCCAAGGGCAUUUUACCACUGAGCUACAUUCUCAGUCCUUCAUAUUUUUUUAUUUUGAGACGGUCUCACUUAGUUGCUUAG